AUGUCUAUACACGAAGAUAGUUCUGAUUCAGAAAGUGUCAGACAGGAUUUCAAUCCAACUGCCUUUCAACCGGAUCUUGAAGCACAAUCCAUCAACUCAUCUGAUUCUCAACCAUCCCUUAAAACAGCCGAUCUACCUUUAAAAAUCACUAGAACAGAAACCAAAAAGUCUUUAGCUGACUUGGGUAUGACCUCCUCUAUCCCCCAUCCAGAUUUAAAUGCUCCACCAGUUGAAAACCCAAUUUUCCCAGAAGAAUAUACUUUGGAAACCACCACUGGUUUGGUCCCUGUUGUUACUUUACAAUCAUUGGGUAGAGUAAAAACCAUCGCCGAAGGUGAAGGGGAAGAAGCCGAAGAAAAAUUAUCUAAACUUGAAGGCUUGGAUCCAGAAAUUGAGUUUGUUACUUUCACGGUGGGGGACCCGGAAAACCCACACAACUGGUCCAUGACCAUCAAAUGGUUUUACACCUUCCUUAUCUCCAUGUUUGUUAUUUCUGCUGCUUACGGUUCUAGUUGUCUUUCUGCUGGUCUUUUUACCAUUAACGAUAAAUUCCAUGUGCUGACUGAAGUUUCUACUUUGACUGUUUCAUUGAUGGUUCUUGGUUUCAGUUUCGGUCCUUUGAUUUGGGCUCCUAUGUCUGAACAAGUCGGUAGAAGACCAACUUAUUUCAUCUCGUUUGGUUUGUAUGUUAUUUUCAACAUCCCAUGUGCUUUGUCUAAUAAUCUUGGGGGUGUGAUUGUCUGUCGUUUCUUGUGUGGUGUUUUCGCCUCUUCUGCUUUGACCAUUGCCGGUGCCAGUUUGGUCGAUAUCCAUAAUGAAACCAGAGGUCUUGCCUUGGCUUUCUUCAGUUUCUGUCCUUAUUCCGGUCCAGUUAUUUCUUUGAUUACCGGUGGUUUCAUUGCUGUCGAUACAAAGAGAAUGGAUUUGUUAGUUUGGGUUAAUAUGGCAUUUGGUGGUGUUAUGUGGAUUAUCAUUAGUUUGAUGCCAGAAACCUACGCCCCAGUCAUUUUGAAAAAGAGAGCUCAAAGAUUGAGAAAAGAAACCGGUAACCCUAAGAUUAUGACUGAACAAGAAGCUACUCCUAUGUCAUUCAAGGAAAUGGUUAAUCAAAACUUGGUUCUUCCAUUGAAGUUUGUUGUCACUGAACCAUUAUUGGAUUUGGUUUGUGCCUUUGUUGCUUUGAUUUACGCUUACUUGUAUGCUUUCUUCUUUGCCUACCCAUACAUUUUCAGUACCUUAUACGGUUUUAAAGAUGAUAAAAUUGGUUUGAUGUUUAUUCCUAUUCUUAUCGGUGCUUGUUUGGCUGUUACCACAACCUACUUGUUGGAAAUUCAAUAUGGUAAAAUGGUGAAGAAAAGAAGACCAGAACCAGAAGACAGAUUAUGGGGUGCCAUGGUUGGUUCUCCAUUCCCAUGUAUUGCCUUAUUUAUCUUGGGUGCCACUUCAUAUAAACAUAUUAUUUGGGUUGGUCCAGCCUCUUCAGGUAUUGCUUUCGGUUAUGGUAUGGUUUUGAUUUACUAUUCAUUGAACAAUUAUAUCAUUGAUACCUAUGCCAAAUACGCUGCUUCUGCCUUAGCCACCAAAGUGUUCUUGAGAUCUGCUGGUGGUGCUGCUUUCCCAUUAUUUAUCACCCAAAUGUAUGAAGGUUUGGGAUUACAAUGGGCUAGUUGGUUAUUGGCCUUUGUUGCUUUAGCGAUGGUGUUGAUUCCAUUCUCUUUCUACAAAUUUGGUAAGACUGUUAGAGCCAAACUUUGUAAAGAAGAUUAUUCCGCUCAAUUAUAG